GAAGCGGCCAUGGCAGUAGGCCUGCGCUUGGGGGACGUGGAAGGCCUCGUCCAUGUAGGGCCCGCGCUGGCUGCGGCUGACGGCCGCGAAGAGCAGGCAGGACAGCAGGAAGGCGCCGCUCAUGGCGGCAGAGAAGCUGUAGGCCUCCCGCCGCUCCAUGCCGCCGCCGCGCCGGCCGGGAAGCGGCCGCCCUUCCGGGGAGGGCUGAGCGCGGGAAGGAGGGGCCUGGCGGCGCUCGGCGGGCGGCGGCGUUACUGUGGCGAACGCGGUAGGGCCGGUGUGCGCCAUCGCUGCGAGAUGGAUUUAACGCAUCAGCUGGAGCUGUUCCCCGGCUGCAGCGUCACUCUCCUCCUCUUUAACCACGUGAAAAAUGCCGCUGCUCUAAGGAAAAAAGCCAUGGAAGGAGCCAUUGAAGGGGCGUUAAUAAAGCCCGCAAUGAUUGUUGAUCCUUUUCAAAUUCUUGUGGCAGCCAACAAAGCAGUUCAUCUACACAAGAUAGGUAAAAUGAAGACCAGAACUCUCUAUGCAGAAAUUAUUUUCAGCCUUUCACCAAACAACAAUAUUUCAGAUGCAUUUAAAAAGUUUGGCCUUUCAGACAGUGACACAUCAGUACUCAUUGUUCUGGUUGUCGACAGAGAAAAAACUGUAAAUCUGGAAGAUAUAACAUCUCAGGUAGAAGGCCAACAGCUUUCUCUAGAUGAACUCCCUCAACUAACAGACACUGCUGAAGUUAAAAAGAUGUACAAAGUCACUCCACAGGAAGAAAAAAUCAGCACCUUAUUGGAUAGUGUUGUUUGCAGAAUAUCAACAAAAGAUGUUUUAUGAAAAUGUGGAAAUAAAUUUUUUUUAAAAGGAAAAAGAGGGCUUUCUAAGAUGGAAAAACACUUCAUUGCAAUUCAACCUGCAUUUCAGAGAAAGUGGUAUAGUACUAAGUAGUUGGAUGACGUCUGAGCUUUAAUGAGCAAGCUUGGAUAGGGGAGUAAUCUGAGCUUUGUUCAAAGCACAGAGAGCAAUUCUUCUGUGCAAACCAGAAUUUGACGUUGGCAUUUACCUCCAUUUUCUUAACGAGAAAAAAAUCACUUUUGUCAGUAUCUUAAGUUGAUCAUAAACAGAAGGCUUGGAAAUCUGUACUCUUCUCUUUCAUUAAAUGUUUUGCUCGUCCCAGAUAGGAUUCAAA